CAACAAAGCCAUGGCUUCAGAGUCUGAGACACGGAUUCUGUGGCUCCGGAAGGUUCUAAUGUGUUCCUUUCCCGCGGUCCAUGGCCAUGCAGUCUUGUGCAGGCUUGUCACAGAGUCUGUACUCCGGGUUCCACCAGUACGUGAUUUUGCUCUGAAUGGUCUGUCUAUAGGAAAAUACAAGAAAGAUCAGGGCGUCUGUAUACGACCCCGAGGAAGAUGACAGUUGAGCGUACCGUUGCAGCACACGGCGGUGGAAGUGUGGACGUGCGUCAAAUCGCACUCCUGGUACCAUGUACUAUUAUUUGAGUCUUGAUCUUUACACUAAUCUAUACACACUGUGUACUAUUAGAUAGGGUGUCCUUUCCGAGUGGUGGCACACAUACAAAACAAAGUUGCAUUUUUUGUUGUCUUGUUGGGUGUGUAUUAGCAGCAUACUGUGUUUGUACGAGCUAGUUGGCAAUGGCCAUGCGAUCUUGUUUUACCUUCACACGCUAUAUCGUGGACGUACGUGUCUUGUCACGUGAGGAAAGCUAUCUACGUCUUUGUGUGAUUGGUCGUUGCCGUUUCGGGGUGGCCACAGGUGGGAGUGGUUACCAGUAGGGUGUGGUCACCAGUAGGGUGUGUCUGUUGGUAUUUGUAGGGUGGAGUCUGUUUCAAAAGUGUUCGCAGCGUUUUGUGAGAUUGUCUAGGUGAACUGAGAGAUAUGGGUGAAUAAAUAAGCUAUCGAUCGUGUUGAUGAACGUUCUGGUAAACGUCAACGCAACGAGAUGGAACAAAAUGUCGCUGAUGCUGCGUAUAGCAAUGACUGGGAGAAGGUUCGACGACUAGUUGAACAAGGAGAGAACGUGAAUGAUGUGAGUCGGAUGGCAAAAAAGACAGCUCUACACUUUGCUGCAGCGUAUGUAAAUGCAGCUAGUUGUUUGUUCUUGCUGUCACGAGGCGCGAACGUCAGGCAAACAGACGAAAAUGGAGAUACGCCCCUUCAUCUCGCUGCUUAUUCUGAUCCUACGGUCGAGAUCUGUCAACUGUUAGUUGAUCACAACGCCGAUGUUAGUUCUGUCAACAAUGAAGGUCAAAAUCCUCUUCACGUAGCUCUUAAUCGUUGGUUUGACUCUCUCACUGCCUAUCGUCCACUGAUAACAAAUGAGAAUGUGAAUGUAGCAGAUGCUCAUGGUAACCGCGCUUUACACAUAGCAGCUAGAAAAGGUCACAUUCAGACUGUCCAGCUGUUAGUGGAUUGUGGAGCAGAUGUAAAUGUAUUGAAUGAAGAUGGACAAACACCACUACAUACAGCAGCUGGUGGAGAGUAUGACCGUCCUGAAUUGUGUUCCGUUUUACUAGAACAUAAUACCAAGAUUGAUGCAGUGGAUAAAGAUGGAAACCAACCACUACACUUGGCAUUAAGACGACAACAUACAAGAACAAGUUGUUUGUUGCUCUCUAAUAGAGCAGAUGUAAAUGCAUUAAAUGGAGAUGGACAAACACCACUACAUACAGCAGCUGGUGGAAAGCAAGACUGUCCUGAAUUGUGUUCUAAUUUACUAGAACAUAAUGCCAAGAUUGAUGCAGUGGAUAAAGAUGGAAACCAACCACUACACUUGGCAUGUAGACUAAGGCAUGCUGCAACUGGAAAUUUAUUGUUAUCUCAUGGGGCUGAUGUAACUGGUGUAAACAAUCAACAAAGAAAACCUUUACAUUUGGCAAAUGAAUCCAUAUUGAAAUGGUAUGCUUCAGUUUGUGAUGAUGAUAAUGCUUUACACAUAGCAGCUAGGAAUGGUCACAUUCAGACUGUCCAGCUGCUAGUGGAUUGUGGAGCAGAUGUAAAUGCAUUGAAUGAAGAUGGACAAACACCACUACAUACAGCAGCUGGUGGAUGGAAAGACUGUCCUGAAUUGUGUUCUAUUUUACUAGAACAUGAUGCCAAGAUUGAUGCAGUGGAUAAAGAUGGAAAACAAGCACUACACUUGGCAUGUCAAUGUAGUCAUCUUGCAACUGCAAAUCUAUUGAUGUCCUAUGGAGCUGAUGUAACUGUUCUAGACAAACAACAAAGAGAAUCUAUACGUUUGGCAAAUGAACCCAUUUUCAAAUCAGGCCAAGAACAGAACGACAAGAGAUUAUCAGACAAAACGUUAGACGUUGCUAUCGUGACAACCGUUCCUAUUGAGCUCCAGGCUGUCAAGAAAGUUCUCGAAAAAGCAGGCUGCCCGUCGUUUUCUGACUUUCAGAUACGAGGUACUUCGGACGUAGUAAAGGUUGGCGGUAUGUCCACCAAGCUGCAGUUGCAGACAUCGACCUACGACGUGGGCGUAUUUUGUCUCUUCCAAACGGGACACCGUCAAGUCACGAAUUUCUUGCGAGCAGUGAAAUAUGGCGUGGAGACUAAGCAAGUGUCGAGAAGUGGACUUCUGGUGAUGGUUGGCGCGUGUGCAGGAUUUUUUGACAAAGUAGGGAUUGGCACCAUUAUGGCACCUUCCAUAAUUUUAGCUGAAGGCGGAAAUCAGGAUGCAGAAACGAGUGAGAGUGCGGCAGAAGCUGCAUAUGCUGAAGUUCGUUUAGAUGUUCAAAAUGGAGUUCAGGCGGCUUCACCGUACUUUUGUGGGUAUGGUUGGCUGGACGAGUAUCUGCCGGAUGAGAUGAAGGGAACUCCUUCUCCUCCGUUUCUUCAAGAUGCCAUUCUUGCUGAGUUGAAAAAGGUUCAACACGAGGCGAUGACCGUGGCCCAGUUGCAUACAGCACUCAGCAGUGCGCAUGAAAGGUGGCCAACAAAAGCGACUAUCACUAGAGGUGUAGUGAAGAAAGCUCUCUGCAUUCUCAGAGAUCCCAAACGUGGGCACGUCAGUCAAGACGGCCCCAAGUAUUCCAUCACAGAGGAGGGAAUCCGUUUUAUCGAUGAGAUCGAAUCUGAUUCGGAUUUUCCACGGAGUGACCGUUCAAAUCCAGAGGUCAGCCACAAUACCAUAAUGGCAGGUGAUCUUGUUUUUGUUGGCAUGGCUUGCGAACAACAGGCAAAGCUGAAGGCGGAUGUUCACGAGAUGGAAGGGUACGGGUUUCUAAGGCACGUACAAGACCACUUGAUGGCACUAAAUACGUGCUUUGUUAAAACCGUUACUGAUUACGCCGACGAGCAGUCGACAACGGAUUAUUAUCAAGAGUACGGGACUUGUCUUGCAGCUGCAUUUUUCUUGCACGUGCUCAAGAAAAAUCCAGCUCUCGCUGCCAAGAAAUGAACAUUCAUUUUGUUUGGGCGAUCAGACAGUAAAGUUUUACGUAUAGUAUUUGCAGUAUAGUUGCAUGAAUGAUUGCGUUUGUGGUGUCUUACAGUUUUUGAUAACAGAUUUUGUAUGUCCAAGGGUGUUGUUGUGAAUGUAGGUCCGUACUUCUGUAUUCUAUAGCAACAAAAGUUGUCGAUGUACUGUACGCUGAUUGAAGUAAAACUUGUGUACAAACUUU